AGCAUCUUGCAAAGAGAAGGAAGGCUCAUGUUCACAUUACACACUCAGUACGAAGAUCCCAGAGAGAUUAUUGCUGUGCUGCAGUGUGAGGAGUUUGUGCUUGCAGGUGUGGAUUAUUUUAUCUGAGGGAUUUGGUACAAGAAUCAUUACACAAGUACAAAACAGUGCAGGAUAUUUUGGCAAAGCUUGGACUGAUUAUUUACUGGAUUAUGCUGUACUGAAAGGCCAUGAAAAGCUGGUGAGGAGUCACUCAUGUACUGAGCAUUUCUCAUUUCUUGUGGAUCUGAUUUCAUUCAUUGCAAAUCAAGCUGUAACUUGUCUACAUAUCUGGAGAAAAGGCAGAUGUUGCAUUGGUUUGCGGACCCUUUAAAGAGAGACUUGGCUGGCUGGUUGGUCAACCCACCUUAUUUAUUUACUGUACUGGACUUCAAUUUUGCGUUCUGCCUCAGCCCUUACUCAGCACCUGCUCUUUACUUAACCUCGCUCGAACGCUUCCAAACUCUGCUCUUCAAAGCAGUGGAAAAGUCUUAAGAGCUGUUUGUUUUCCUGUAAGCUGCUUCUGCAGUGCCAGAGGUUAUUGCUCUAUCUGUGCUCCCUUCAUAAGUAAACAGAAGAGAGUGUGGAAGAGGGAGAAGUGUGCAGGUUUAUUCCGUAGAUAACAGUGCAAGAGAAAGGAGGGACAGGGAGGGUGGGAGAGAUAAACGGAGGGACGCGGGUAAUAAACACUGAUCUCUCUUAAACAUCUCUGAUCGCUCAGGAAAACAGGUGAACUCAUUCAUGGACGGCUUCUGCUACGGGAACAUCUAGCGUUUGCCUUAAAGCUGAGUAAUUGGUGCCAUUGGGCAGCCCUGCGACUGUCCCAUCGUGGGCUGAGGUUGUCCAAACGCCUCGAGACAUUGAGGAAAGAGAGUCAUCAGAACACAGCAGGAAGUGAGAAGGAAAACAGCACCAAUGGAAGCAGGCCUCCUUAGCCGGGAUGUCCCGUCUGCACGUAGGGACAAACAGAAGCUCCUGGACCAGCAUGUGUCUCAAAAAUACAGCAGAGGGAGGGAAGGCAGCUGUGGCACUGGCUGCAGAACUACAGGUCGCCAGUGGCUUUUCCUGCUGGUGGUCUUCUUCCCCCUGUGUUUGUUUGUCUGUGUGUGUGGGCAGAAAGAGGUACAAUCAAGCUUCCGUAAGUUGAGUGGCCGAGAGAAAAAGGAGAUGCAGAGGGAGAUCCUUUCCAUCCUGGGGCUGCCCGGGCGGCCCCGGCCUCACCCGCCACUGCGACCCCCCUCCUCUGCCCCGCUCUUCAUGCUGGACCUGUACCACGCCGUGUCAGCUGAGGGGGAUGAGGGUCCAGGCCUGGGCUUGAACCAAGAGGGGGUCAUCCAUGCUGCACUUCCUACACUCAGUACACACACGCCUCCCCUCGGCACGGUGGUCAGCGAGGCAGACACGGUCAUGAGCUUCGUCAACCUAGUGGAGCACGAGAGAGACCUCCUCCAGCCUCGGCCCUACUGGAAAGAGUUCCGUUUUGAUCUGACGCCACUUCCACAGGGAGAGACGGUCACUGCCGCAGAGUUCCGCAUCUACAAAACCCUGACCAUGGGUCAGCGGGCAAACCGUACCCUCCACAUCUCUGUCUAUGAAAUCCAGAGGGAGAAAAGACACAGGGAGCCUGAGCUGGUCCUGUUAGACAUGCAGUCUGUUCCAGCAGGGCAGGAGGGCUGGCUGGCCUUCGAUGUGACAUCUGCCAGCAACCACUGGCUACUGCACCCACGAAGUAACCUAGGCAUCCGAUUGUAUGUGGAAACAGAAGAGGACCGCUCAUUGUCUGCGGGUUGGGUGGGUUUGAUUGGCCGCAGAGGCCCUCGCUCCAAACAGCCCUUUAUGGUGACAUUCUUCCGGGCCAGCCAGGCCCCUUGCCGCCCGCCUCGAGCUGUCAGACACAACAGCCCACGCAAGAAAAAAAACAAAUAUGAUCUGCCCCAUCCGAACAGACCUGGCAUAUUUGAUCAGCAUCAUGCAAACAGUGGGCGGCAGGCCUGUAAAAAGCAUGAGUUAUAUGUCAGCUUUAGUGACCUUGGCUGGAAGGAUUGGGUUUUGGCCCCUCCAGGUUACUCAGCAUAUUACUGUGAUGGGGAAUGUGACUAUCCUCUGGGCUCCUGUAUGAACGCUACUAAUCACGCCAUGAUCCAGCUUGUGGUCCAUCUUAUAAAGCCAGACGAGGUACCGAAGGCCUGCUGUGCGCCAACCAAGCUCAGUCCCAUCUCUGUGCUCUUUUAUGAUGACAACAACAAUGUAAUACUCAAGAAACAUCGGAACAUGGUGGUCAAGACCUGCGGCUGCCUGUAAACAAGUAUCAACGUUUUAUCCAGGCUGGGCCGGGCUGACAUUAUGCCCAACUGCACUACUUCUAGCAUACAACGUUAUUCUUUCAGGCAUGUCAUUAACCAGUUCUGUGACAUAGUUGCUCAGUUUGUCAUGCUGACAGAGGUAGGAAGUAUUUAUCCAUCAGUAAUUAAGGCCGGUGUUCGAUGCUAAAAGUGUUUUCUUUUUUCCACAAUUCUCCUCACAUUAAAUAAGCUGACCAUGUAUUAAUUAGACAAUACACAGACAUUGUAAUCAUCUGUAAUAAUAAUCAGGUGUUCCACUUUAAAUGAACAUAAGUCUGAUGUAAUAUAGCGGUUCUCGCUCCAUCACCCUGAGGAAAUCUAAUCAGUUAAUCAUCGCCAUCAUCAAUCACGCAUGAGAUGCAAUGCUGUCCAGUUUCUCAGCAGGAGGAUGCAUUGUGGCUGGUAUCUCAGUAAUUUGUACAUUUAUAACUAGGUGAAUAUGGUGCUGCUGAAGGAAAGUCUAACAUCAGGUGUGAGUGUGUGUUGUGUCUGAUUAUGAAUAUUCUGCUGGUGGAAUGUAAUAAGAAAUAGUCACAUGCUGAUAAUGCUGGAAACUGAAUUUUAAUGUGUAGCAAUUAAAACAACAACCUUACACAUGGAUGGAAACAUGGAUAGAAUACAUCAACAAAGAACAAACAGGAAAAGUAAUAAUUCUUAUCUAAUUACUUGCCUAAUAUCUGAGAAUGUAAGCUAAAAAUAAAAUGCAAAGUAAAAAGUUCUCUUUUAAUUUCUUUGAACUAAAACACGCUUUGAACUGGUCUGCCAAAAUGGAAUAAAUCAUGAUGAUCUCACUUUAACAACUA